AGCGCCGGGCAGUCAGCCGCCGCCGCUCGGGGUAGCAAGACGUGCGCUCGGCCGCUCCUGCUCCGCACAGUUUGUCCUCCGUCUGCUCCGCGCCGGAAUAUCGGACUGUAGAAGUGUGUGACUACUGAUCGGAAGUAUCUCUUCACCCGUCACCGUGGCGAUCCACAACAUGACCGACCUGGAAUCCUCGGGACCGGUCGUCUGGCCAAAGUGGUGCUACUCAAACGGUCUGACCGACUCUGUGGAGCUGCCGUCGGGCCUCAGCCUCACGCCGGCCGUCAAACAGCGCCGCAGGAAGAGGACCCCGGACCGCGCCGGGGAGCUGGUCAAGCGCGAGGCGGCCACGCCCGACCGCAGUCCCAGCGGCUCGCCGCGCUCGCUGGCGUCGCAGCGCUCCUCCUCGGAGCGUCACAGCCCGGCCACGCCGGCGUCGAUGGCGUCGGUGGCGGCGACCCCCGUCACCAGCCAGCCGGGCGUCGGUCCGCCGCAGCCGCCCAGAAACUACAGCGACUUCAUGCGCAGCCUGGCCGCCAAGUACAACAACAACAGCAGCACGCACAGCGAGUACUUUUCCGGCCAGCAGAACGGCCUGCUGCGCGGCUUCGACUACAGUCGGUACGGCCUGAAGCCGGGCCACACGCCGCUGCUGCCGGCCGGCUCUCCCAAGGAGGAGAAGAAGGAGGAGCCGGUGACGGCGGCCAGCCCGCUGCUGGCCAUGCACCCGCACCUGGCGGCGCUCUCGGGCCUGCCGAUGCUGGACAUGCUGUCGAUGGUGCGGCCCGGCCUGACGCCGUCCGACUACCUGGCCAGCUCGCAGGCCGCCGUGGCCGCCGCCGCCGCCGCGCCGACCGCGCCGGCCGGCAAGCGACCGGCCGAGGGCGCGCCGCUCGACCUGUCCAACAUGAAGCGACCUCGUCUGGACAAGGCCGGCUUCAAGGAGCUGUUUGGUCUGAAGGAGGAGGAACCGCGCGCCGGCAGCGCCUCGCCGCGGCCGACCGCCGAACUGGCGGCCGCCCUGCACGGCUCGGCGUGCACUCAGAAGCCGUGCUCGACCGAGGCCGAGGCCGUGGCCGCCUGGGACGUGGAGCAGGUGUGCGCCUUCGUCCGCUCGGUGGACGUCUGCGCCGAGUAUGCUGAGGCGUUCAAGGAGCACGGCAUCGACGGCAGCACGCUGCCGCUGCUGAGCGCCGAGCACCUGACCAACAUCCUGAGCAUGAAGCUGGGCCCGGCGCUGAAGCUGCGCACGGCGCUGAGCCAGAAGAUCGGCCACUGCGCCGUCUGCAUGCACUGCUCCCACUGCCACGCCACGCCCAAGACCGUGGCCAAGUCGUUCCUGCCCUUCUCGCCCACCUCCAAAGGUCACUGAACGGCCUACGGACGGACGGGAGGGUGACAGGAAGGGCGGGAGAGAGACAGAGGGAGGGAGGAGGUUGUUUUAUGCCCUGCUGUCGUCGGAUGCGGUCGGAGACGCUUCAUUGGCCGCGCCCGGGGAGAAACUGCCUCGGUCGCGGCGCGUGAGAAUCUCCCGCUGUGCCUUCGUCUCCAAUGAAGCAAUAGCGACGACGAUGUUGUUAUUUUACGUCACGACUGGCGACAACUGUGCGCACGGUGGUUCAAUUAGGUGGGACAGAUGUGUAGAAAGUUUGGUGGCUGUUUUUGUUUGUUGUUACGUACAACGUGCUCGCGAUUAUGAGAAAUACGCUGAACGAGAGGCUUAGGAAACAUGACAGGCCAGACAUGUAAUCUCGUGGGGACAGAGCAUUUUGUCUGGAUCUGCGAGAGACUGAUGCAAUCAGCACGAUCACAAAGUACUUGUAAGUAAUAGAUAAGUAGUUAGAUGACUGUUAACCCGUCCAGCUCUCAUAAGCAGACUAUUCGCUCCAUGACUUCUUGGAUAUCUCUCAUCUUGGCUAAACUGGUCUUUUGAGCGCCACCUCACCAUGCAUGUUGUGAACUUUGGGUCUUUGUAAGAACUACAAGUCGUUGACUGUACAAUCGCUAUGGGAUUUGUUCUGGCCGCGCCCUCUUCAUAAACCAGUUUUGUCUGUCUCUCGUGGUCUUCCACAUUUAGCACAUUAUUUCUCAUCCUGCGCGAUGCACAACAGAGUAUAAAGUGUUAUUCUGAUAAGGUGAAUGCCGUAUAUGAAUGUUAUUUGCUGGGUCAUGUUCGCAAACACUGUGACUUUGUCACAGGUGAACAUGUAUUCAUGUCUAUCUGUGAUACAAAUACAUAUGUUUCUAGA